GUUCAAUAACACAAGUUUUACUGGCCCUUAACACAAACAAAAACAUAGUUCUUCUUGGGAGAAAAUUUCAAGAGUUGAGUAAAUCACAAUAAUAACAAUCUUUAGUGUGGACAAGUAGACUGUUUCUACACAACUUGCUCAGUUAGCUACACAGGACUGAGAUGGCUGAUGUGCGAGACAUCUUGGAACUUGAGCGAUCACCCACUCCAGAGGUGAGCAAGGAGGUCAUUCUAGGCCUGCGUAAAGAUGUGCCUAAAAAGAAGAAAGAGAAAGAGGUGAUGCGGCGACCUGAAGGCAUGCACAGGGAGCUAUAUGCAUUACUCUACUCCGACUCUAAUAAAGAUCUGCCUCCCUUGCUGCCAACUGAUAGUGGUCAAGGUUAUAAGAGUGUCAAGGCCAAGCUUGGCAUGAAACGAGUGCGUCCAUGGAAGUGGAUGCCAUUUACCAACCCUGCUCGUAAAGAUAAUGCUGUCUUGUACCACUGGCGGCGUGUGUGUGAUCAGGGCAAGGAUUAUCCAUUUGCUAUGUUUAACAAGAAAGUCGAGUUAUUGACAUAUUCAGAUUCCGAGUACAGUGAGCACUUACUAUGUGAUGGCUGGACAAGGACAGAGACAGAUAUGCUCUUUGAUUUGUGUCACCGAUUCGACUUACGUUGGCCCGUCAUCCACGACCGCUGGCCGUCGCAUCUCACCUCUCGUACCAUGGAGGAUCUUAAAGAGCGAUAUUACAAUGUUACAAACAUACUCAAAAAGGUUAAUAAUGUAUCUGGACCAGAGGGUAAGAUCGUCAAUUAUGAUGGCGACCAUGAACGACGCCGUAAACAGCAGCUCCUCAAACUCUGGGACAGAACACCAAAACAGAUUGAAGAGGAGCAGCAGCUGGUGUGUGAGCUUCGUAAGAUUGAAGCUCGUAAAAAGGAGAGAGAGAAGAAGACGCAGGAUCUGCAGAAACUGAUCAGUGCUGAUGCUGAUGCUCGGAAGAUUCCCAAGACAACCAAGAAAAAGAUUCAGCAGACAAAAGUUGCAAAGAUGGAUACGCUGCCUCCAAGCCUGGAUAGUUGUACAGGCAUUAAGUUCCCUGAUGUGAAGUCCUCAGGAGUCAGUUUAAGGUCACAGCGCAUGAAACUUCCUGCGAGUGUUGGACAAAAGAAAGUUAAAGCUAUUGAACAGCUUCUGACAGAAUUGAAUUUAGAGAGCAAUCCCAUGGCAGUAGAGGAAGUGUGCCAACACUUCAAUGAACUCCGCUCUGAUCUGGUGCUCAUGUACGACCUUCGCACUAUUCUGCUCAACUAUGUGUUUGAGCUGCAGACACUCAAGCACCAGUGUGAAAGUUUAAUGCCAGACAAGGUUUUGGAGAUUCCUGAGUCACUGACCAUCAACACUGGCGAGGAGUCGCCAAGUCGUCCUCGAGCCAUUUCUGAGAUGAUUGAUGCUGUAGCGACUCCCACCACACCUAAUAGGAAGCGGAAAGCAGCGCUGGAGCAGAGCAAUGUUCUCAAAAAGAUCAAAUCAAGGACCUAAUAUUAGAGUUAAUAUUAAAAGUGUAUUAGCAAAUUUUUAAUUCAAUUGGAAUAUUUUUACUUAUAAUUUUCUCAUGCCUCUCAUCUGUACUUACGAAAUAAAACUGUAUUAAAUACAUUUUUUAUUGAUAAAGCAAAUAUUGGUAUCAGUAAAGCGCUGUAUCUGGUUUUGGCCACGACAUAUCAAACAAAUUUCAUUCUGAAAAUGUUUAGUCCUGUAACUGUUACAAAAUUAGGCGAUAUUUAUUCCAUAUAUUUUGAAAAGCCCCUGAUUAUAAAUAGCAUUUUGGGUACACCAAAACUAGAACUUAAAACUAGUACUAGUGAUCCAUGAACAUAAGUACUAGUGUUAGUACUUAUUAAGUUUUACAAAAUUAAGUUCUCCAUGGUGAAGUGGAGAAGAAUUCUUCUUCUGUAAGUUACGUGUGUCUUAAGAGACAAUUAAAACUCCAGGAGCAAAGUGGGAUGUGAGAAGUGGGUUAUAGUAGGGGCAUAUAGACAGAUUUUGUUAGUAGUUAGUUGAAUGUUUAAGGAGUUUUGAGCUGAGGGACCUUAAUGCUAAAGUGGGUCAGACACUUAUAAACGGAGUAAAAAGAAGAAAUUUUCAUUUCUUUUUUGGGUCACCUUGCCUUGGUGGGAGACAACCUGUGUGUUAUAAAAGAAAAUAAGUUGUCUCAGGAUAAAAUUAUUAAUUGCAAUGAUUAUUGGAAGUAUCAAAAUUGUAUAUUACAGUGGCAGUAUCAAUAUGGUAUGUUUUCCUAGAAAGCAUCAUUGGAUUUUGUGAAGUCUCACCUUCUUGCAGGGUAAGUGAUAUGUCACUGCCAAAUAUAACAUGAAAGCUAAUUAUUUGAAUUAUAUUGACCAACUUUUCCCCAGAUCCACGUAAAAAAGAAUUCAGAGCAAUUUAAUACAGGUGCUUCUCGUCUUAUGAUGGGGCCAUGUUCCGAUGAACCAGUCCUAAGUUGAAAGUAUUGUAAGUUGAAUAUGAAUAUGAUAUGAUAAAUAAGUAAAUAACUACUGUCACUGAAUAAGUAAAUAAUACUAUAACUAACUAAAUACCAGUAUUGAAAAGUAAAUAAGUGAAUGUAAGUUUAUCCUGUCAAUAAACGGACUGUACAAUACAAAAAAAAAAGAUUCACAGUACAUUGACUAGAUUACCCAAAGAUGAUACAAGUACAGUACAUGUAGUGAUAUGAAGAUGAUCAAAAUUCAAACUUUGAUGACUACUGAAUGUGCAUAACUAUAACGCUAUUGUAAAGUUGAAAUAUUGCCAGUUGAACCAUUAUAAAGCGAGGAGCAUCUAUACUGCCUCUUUAUGUUCUUUCUCCUCUUACUAUUCUCAACCACCAAGAGAAAUCCCAAUGAUCUAAUUUUGUUCUUCUCUCUUGUUAUUUCUGAAGUCUUACCUUUCAGCCUUGAACAUGUUCUCAUUCUUUCUUGAACAUUUUCUGACACACAUUAAUACUACAGCCGUGUAUGAAGAUGAUUCCAAAACUGUCACUGGAAUUUCCUAUGUGGCUACUUUCAUGAUCUUAUGUCUGAAGGUUAGUUAUCAUAGGUGUCUAAUUUUCACAGUUAAAGUUACAUCCUAUUCUUGCUGUUGUUUUUCACAGAGCAGCUUUAUUAGACUCAUUUGUUGUUAUAAUCUCAAAUUUGUGGUGCACAUUGCAAAGAAUGAAGAUGUUUGAUUACUUGCAGUCCCUAAUCAUUGAUAUUCAGCAUUGGCUUUACCAUAUCUCUAGCAGACAUGAGAUUUUCUUCUGUUGGGUCCUUGGAUGUACUGAGAUUCAAGAAACUGAAGUUAAAGAUGCUUCAGUUUGUUUUACAAUUUGUCUUUCCACCCCUUGCAGGUGUUUACUAUUCUGUGAUUUCUUUUGGUAUUCAUUCAGGUCAUUGGGAUUGUUGGCAUUGUCACUGGUCCUUAUUAGUGAACAAAAAUGUUUUUUUCCAUCAAAUCAAAUUGGAUUUUUGGCCAUUUUCUCUACAUUACUGUUUUUUGUGGGAAGCAUGAACUCAGUUAUUCACUGUGCAUACUAGACUCACAUGGCUACCUCAUGGAAAGGCAUGCUGUAAUGAUAUCCAGGUUGACUCAUGAAAUUGUAAUGACACGAUUGCAAACAAACCACGGGUGGGGAGAACUCGCGAUCAGAGAGUCUCAAAAUCAACAUCCAUAUAUAAUAAGUUUGACCACCCUCCUCUCUGGUGACCCCCACCUUUACUGCAGACACUCUUGACUUUCCUAACUGACAGUGGUUUACUUCAUCAAAUUUGACAACCAUCCUUUCAGCCCUUCCAUCUCUUUUCCCUCUGCCGUGGAGUGCUGUAUCACUCUUACGAUUUUAGUGCUCUCCUUGAACAUAAUAAUAAUCAAGUAACAUCUUAAUAAUGGAGUUGGGUAUACAAUUUUUUUCUGAUAAUGUAUUUCAAGAAUGCCUGCUAAGAUGACCAAUAUUUUUACAGCAUAGUUUUAUGCACUUCUUGUUGCCAUAUCUACCUCAUUAUAGUAGUCACAGAAACCUAACAUGUAUUAAAAGACCCUUUUAUUUUUUCAGUACUCUUAUGAUCAUUGGUAGAAUUGUUUGUCCAAAUUAGUGACCGACAGGCUGCUUUUAACCAACCCCCCAGUUGUACUUCUGACCAUCUGCUGUUCAUCACUGUCACUUAUGGGAAGAAGUGCUCUUGUGAGUGUGUUGGUGUUGUGAUUCACACAUGGAAUCUCAUGAAAAGGCACUUACUGCUACUCUGCAAAAAUUAUGAGGCCAUGUUGACAGUUCAACAACUGAUGACUGAUUGUCAAUGUGUUCAUAUGCUUAUUCUGUCUGAUCUCCUCUCUGAUAGUCUUAUCUUUAAUGUAAAUUUAUUUUAUGAUUUUUUUAUCUGAAGCUAUUGUACUGCACCAUCUAUAACUUCCUUUCAGCCUUCAUAUAGUAACAUCAGCACUGUCAUAACAUUGUGGUGAACCCAUACAAGUUAGUGCUUUCUGUAAAAAAUAAUAAUUCAAACCCAUGUAGAUUCAAUUGGUCCACCUUAUCUUUCUUUAUGUGCAUCAUAAAUCUAACAUAACAUAAGAUACAUAUUGGGAUAGAAAAAACUUAUAGAAAUGGUGAAACUUUAUUUUUAGAUGAAAGAAAACAGUGUGCUUCAUAAAUUGUUUAAGGUUACCAUAAUAUUGAUAACAUAGAUGUUUGGUGGUGGCAAUGAAGGUAUUUUCUCCUCCUCCUCCUCCUCUGCUUCCCACAUAAUGUUAUAAACAUAGCUUGACGUACGUGUGGUACUACAACCUUCCCAAUAGAUCCACGAGAUAGAAUGAAAAUUUACAUUUUAGUCACAGAGCACAGCUGUAAAAUAUAAUACAAAAGAUUCACAUGAGUCUCUUAUGAAAUUUGCCAUCUUAACUUAAUAACUUUUAAAAGUAAUCAUCACUCAUGGUUAAAUGAAUUCUCUCUACAUAGAAAGUUUCUUGUUCCUUCAGAAAAAGUGCUUUGACGCUGCUGAAGGGCUCUUUAUCCAAGGAAUUGGAGUUAUCCUCCCUCUCCUCAGAUCAACCCUGGUUGCUAAUCACUCUUCCGUUGUUGUAUGACCUGGGUUUUAGCAUUUUUCCGUGAAUAUAAUAACAAAGACUAUCACAGAGGAUAAAAAUGAUAUACAGCAUUAUAGUUCAUUUCUUUCUAGUACAGUACGUACUGUGUCUUCAUUAGUCGGUGUCUCGCCAGUUUGACCCUAAGACAGUACUCUCCGAGGUAAUUUACUUCCCCUCAUCAUGUUACAGUAGUUUCCCCUUCAAGGUAAGUGAAGGGAGGGCCUUGAUGCUGGUAAAGGAUUCUUGAUCCAAGGAAUUGGAGGUACUCUCCCCUUCCUUGAAAUAAACCUGAUUACUUUCCAUUUUCCAGGUGCUGUAAGACCUCCUAAAGGUUUAAAGCUUGCCCAUGAACAUACCAAUAAUAUUAUGAGUAUUUGCAGAUGACGUGUUCAGUUAUAAAGACAAUGUUAAACCUGUAAAGUUCACUUUCCAUGGUACAUAAUACAGCCUGUCUGUUCUUGUAUUAUUAUUACGGUGUGCACUAAUGUUAUAAUUAGGGAAAGCUCUAAAUCUGCAGGGAUCAUGCAUGGGUACUGACAGGCAAUAGGUUCAAUCCAAUUAUUAUUAUUACAGUAAAUUUGAAGACAGGUUCUAAACCCAUAUAGGUGUUUCAAUCCAAGGUGAAGAUAGAUUCACUACUGAGGGUCAAGAGCCCUUCACUGGUAUCAAGGUCUGUUCGUGCUAAUGCUGAUUUAUUUUUAUCAUUAAGUCUUCACAACAGAAGUAAGAGAGAGAGAGCAAAUGUCUUCUUUUUAAGAAGGAAAACUUAUAAAUGUAUGUUCAGUGUACUGUAUGAAUACAUGUAACUUGACUGUAAUUGUAUUCAGUGCUGCUACGAAAAUAUGUAUGUAAAGCUAUAGUCUCUUAGGCAGUUUGCUGCUUGAAGAAAAAAUACAGAGAAUUUAUGGUUGUCUUCAUAACUAACCCAUUUUUGAUGAAAUUAUAGUUUCCUCUCCAAAUUAAGGGUUGUAAUUUGUUUCAGCCAUUGUACUGAAACUUAUCCAUGGUUGUCUUAUACUGAACCAGGUUUUUUGAUGUUAUUUACAGCAUUAUAACUGAAGCAGAAUGAUUCUCAUUAAUAAGGCUUAAAUAGAUAUACUGUUUUUACAUAUAUAAACUCAGUUAUAAGACUAAGCUGAAGUCCAAGUCAGGCACAAACAUGGCAACCACAGAAGGAAAUUGUGGAAAUGUUGCCAAUACCCGUCCUUGUUAUUAAGUCUCUGGACAGACCCCAGGGAAACUGUCUAAGACAACUGGCCUCCUGAUAGAUCUCAGGAAACCUGUCUUAGACAGCAGUUGGGGAGGGGAGGAGAGGUGUGUGGGAGAAGGGAAGGGGCGGGGAAUUGAAAGAUGAAGAAAAGGAGGUGCAAAAUUGAAAAGGGGAAGUGAGGAAGGGAAGUGCAAAGAGGAAGAGCAAGUGGGAGAGAAUGGAGAUGAUGUGGUGUGUGUUCAGAGGAUUUGCUCACACAGAGGAGUAAAGGAUAUUGUCAUUAUUGCCCUCUACACUAACAUAACACCCAGAGAGAAUAUUGUAUUUGUGCAGCUGUACACUAAGUGAAGGCAAGCACCAUGCAUGCAGAGAAGACAUAGUAACCACACAAACUUUAGGUAGAAUCUCUCAACAUGGGGAUGACCAUCUGGUAAACUUUUAAACAAUAUAAAUAUUUCAAGGUUGACUCAAGGAUUCUUUCUUCUUGGUAAACAUCUUGGUAAAUGUCUUAAGCCUCUUUCCUCUUGGUAAAUAUGUCUCUUUCUUCUUGGUGAACAUCAUGUGACGUGAAUCUUAAAACUUUGAUAUGAUCUCACUCGCUCACUGUUAUAAUUCAUUGAACCUACAGUAAUUAUCGUGUUAGUUCAUCCAAAUACUACAGUAUAACAGAAACUGAUCCAUGACAAACGAACCCACAGAGACAAACAAGAGAACAGUAAUAUAGGUGUUGGCCUUACACUGAGAGACUGUGUGCUGAGUUACUUCAUGUUUACUCUAACAAAAGAGUAAAAAUUUAUUAUGAAGUUUAAAAGCUUGUUAUGAGGAAGGAAGCCCCAAGAACUGUUGGUGUAGUGGUUGGUGUCUGUGUAGCUCUUGUGUGGCUAUUGUCAGAGUUAUUGGUGUGGUUGUUAUUGUUGGUGUAGCUGUUAAUGUUGGUGUAGCUGUUAUUGUUGGUUUAGCUGUUGGUGUAGCUGUUAGCAUGGCUUUCCUAAACUGUUGUUACACCCUUACGAAUAUUAAUACAGAUAAUUGUUCCUGAAGAUUUUGCAAACAUUGUUAAGUGUCACCGAAAAUGUCAUGCCUAUUUUGAAUAGCUAGUGAAGAUGUGAUAAAUAUUUGUAAAUAUAAUUAAAGUGCACAAACACUAACAAUAGUUACUAGGAACCGUUAAUACUUUGAGUGUAAUACAAGUGUUAUAAAAACAUUACUAUGUAAAUUAUAUCUACACUCCUGCACUUACAGCUACUGUGGUUUUAUAAAUAGAUAAACUGCAAUUGAAAAUGGGUCAUUAGUGCUUUUGUUGGUUCAUUCCCAGGCAAUGAAUAAUAUUUUGGUUCAUAAUUCACAGAUACUUUAACAAAAUCUCCCCACACAAUCAGCAAUUAGAAACUUUAUUCAAGAAAAAUUUUUGCCUAAUGAGUAAGUUACAUUUGCAACACUUAUACAGUGGACCCCUGGUUUACGAUCAGCUCCCAAUGCGACCACUUAUGUAAGUGUAUUUAUGUAAGUGCGUUUGUAUGUGUAUGUUUGGGGGUCUGAAAUGGACUAAUCUAAUUCACAAUAUUCCUUAUGGGAACAAAUUCGGUCAGUACUGGCACCUGAACAUACUUCUGGAAUGAAAUAAUAUCGUAAACCGGGGGUCCACUGUAUAUCAUUAUUGACAAAACUUUUGGAUGUGCUGCAGGUUUUGUCAGUUGCACACACACACACAAAUGAAUUACGAUCCAGGAGACAGUAGAUGAAGUAGAGAGGUAGUCUGAGGUAACUGGUCCCUCACCAUUGAUGGUAGGUAAUUAGUCUUAACUUAAGGUUAAAGCAUGAGACCAGAGGCUUACAGUAAUGUACACUGGAACUGGAAGUGUGUAGCAGCUUGGAGUUGAAGUCACAGGUGAGUCGGGCCCACAAGUGGAAGUAGGUCAUGGAAAACAGUUAUUGAAGUCAUCCCUGUACUAAGAUACCAUGAUGUCACAAGCAAGUACGUAUCACCAUGGUGUCACAAGCAAGUACGUAUCACCAUGGUGUCACAAGCAAGUACGUAUCACCAUGGUGUCACAAGCAAGUACGUAUCACCAUGGUGUCACAAGCAAGUAUGUAUCACCAUGGUGUCACAAGCAAGUAUGUAUCACCAUGGUGUCACAAGCAAGUACGUAUCACCAUGAUGUCACAAGCAAGUACGUAUCACCAUGGUGUCACAAGCAAGUACGUAUCACCAUGAUGUCACAAGCAAGUACGUAUCACCAUGGUGUCACAAGCAAGUAUGCAUCACAUAACUGGUAUACAAUGCUGACAAGUUAAUAGAUAAGAUGUGCAACACUUAGGUAUCUUCAUUGAUGAAAAGUUUUGUCUGCUCUGCAGGCUUUAUUAGUGGAAUAGUGAUGGAUUACAGUCAUGGAGACAGUAGACAAGGUGGACAGGUAGUUUGAAGUAAUCAGUCCCUUAGCUUUGAUGGAAGAUAAUCAGUCUGUUUAGCUUUAGGCUAAGAAGCACAGUAACUGAUUACCUCAAGCUACCUCUCCACUUAGUCUGCUGUUUCCAGGACUAAUUCAUCUGUGUGUUCAAAAGAUGAAGCCAGCAGUGCAGUUGAAACAUUUAUUCACUAAAGAUACUUUUGGUAUCAUACUCAUCAACUUUAUGGCACUGUUUAUAUGUAAUAUGUGUGUGUGACAGUAAGACAUAGUAUAAUGGUACAGGGAUGUCUUCAAUAACUGCAUUGCUAACAACUGUUUAGGAUGACCUACUUUCACUAGUGGGCCCAGCUUAUUUAUGACCUCAUAUCCAAGCUCCUAGACUACACUUUGGAAUCCAAUAUAUAUGCAUCUGGCCUCAAGCUAAGACUGAUUAUUUUCCAUCAAGGCUGAAGGACUAAUUACCUCAAAUUACUACUUUACAUUAUCUACUGUCUCCAGGAAUGUAAUUCAUCUCUGUAUUCAACUGCCGAAGCCUGCAGAGCAGGUGAAAUGUUUCAUCACUAAAGGUACCUAAGUGUUGCACAUAUGUCCUACUCUAUCAACUUAUUGGUAUUGUAUAUAUAUAACAUGAAAAUUUUUGCCUAUGCAGUAGGCUUCAUGAAGUCUGGUAUAUCUGAUAGUAACACAAUAUAGGCAGAUAAACAUGAGUCAGGUAUGAAUAAAAGAAUUUAAGCAAAUAUCGAAGGGGCACUGCAUUAAGUGUACUAGUCCAUGCUAGAUAAAAUCUUGAAUCACAUUGGCAUGUUGAGUUGUGCUGGUAAUAGUAGCGGUGGUAGUGGUUGGAAGUUCUCAGUGGUAUACCUGGUUCAGUUUCUGUAUGGGCAGAGGUUUUACCAAUUUGAAAUUGCCUUGAUUAUGUGUGACUAUGUUUGAUAUCAUGAUUAGAACUCUUUUAUAGAAUUUUCGCUUGCAUUUUUCUCCUUGUAUUAUAAGUUUUGAAUUUGAAAAUCUCGUUAGAUGGCUGUGUGAAUUUUUAUUUUGAACUCACUCAUUAUUCCUACUAUCUAUGUAAUUGUGCUUGUUGAUUCAGUUACUUAAGCUUUUAACAGUUUCAGUAUGUGACUCAAUGAGCAUAAGUAUGCAGACCAAACUGAUACUAGAAACAAUGCAUAUGUCUAAUAAGAUUUUCAGAUUCAAAACUCAUAAUACAAAAUACAAGAGAAAAUGUCAUGAAACAGUGCUAAUCAAAACACCAUAUACAAUCACACAAAACAAAGGCAGCUUAUGACUGACAAAACCACUGCCUAUACAGAAACUGAACCAGGUAUACUACUGAGAACUUACAGCCACUACAACUACUAUUACCAACACUAUUCAACAUGCUAAUGUGUCUCAAGAUUUACCAAACAUGGGCCAGUAGGCCUACUGCAGUGUUCAAUAACUGCUUAAAUUCCUGUUUUCACACCCAACUGUGUUCCCUUAUUUUGCUACCACCAGGUAUAAUAUAUCAGUUUUCACAAAGCCUUCUUCACAGGUCAAACUUUCUUAAAUUUUCUGCUUGUCAGUAUUCCCACAUCAUGUACUAUUGCAAGAUGUCCUCAGUCAAGCUGAAACACUUGAGACAGGAGUGAAGAUAAUUUAUGUUUAACAACUUAACAAUUAAAAAACCAACUUCCACAGUGGCCAUUGUAACAGAGCCAUUUCUUCAGUCAGUUUUUUAGUCUUAAACGAUGGGGCGGUGAGCCAGCCAACAGGUUUGUAAAUGUCUUGGCCAUUUUCAAGGAAUACUGGAAAUAAUGACUUCAAAGAAUCUUUAAUACUGGGAUUCCUUUCUCCCUUGAAGGAGAGGAGGAAAGGAGGGGGAGGAAGGCUGUUUUGAGGAGAGUAAAAGGUUCUUGAUUCAAGGAACUGGAUCUAUCUUCCCUUUCCUCAGAUGAAACCUAAUUGCCUUACAUUCCCCAUGUGCUCUAUGACCCUUAUGGGUUUAGUACUUCCCAAUACCAACAAUUAAUGGAAUUUUUAUGGAAAAUAUUCAGUAAAUGAACUACACUGAGUAUAUAUUUUGUCAUACAUCUGUUACGAGGCGUCGAAGUUCAAAGUGCAGUAGUCCAACAUCUAGUGAAAAACAAUCAAAUGAAAUUUUGACAAUAAUAAAUUAAAAAAUAAUUAACAAGUAAAAGUGUAUGUGCAAUACAAAGGUCAAAAAAAAAAAAAGAGUAUUUUUGGGCUCAGAGCUUCUGAAACCUUCAUAGAUGAGAGUUUAUCUUC